AUGUUUCGUUGCAAAAAGAAAGUGUCACCUUUUUGGGCCCUCAGCAGUUUGCAUCCCUGGAAAAGGUAUAGGUCUUCUGAGCAGAGGGCGAGUGCAGAGAAAUACAGGAAUAGGUCUUCUGAGCAGAGGGCGAGUGCAGAGAAAUACAGGAAUAGGUCUUCUGAGCAGAGGGCGAGUGCAGAGAAAUACAGGAGUAGGUCUUCUGAGCAGAGGGCGAGUGCAGAGAAAUACAGGAAUAGGUCUUCUCAGCAGAGGGCGAGUGCAGAGAAAUACAGGAGUAGGUCUUCUGAACAGAGGGCGAGUGCAGAGAAAUACAGGAGUAGGUCUUCUGAGCAGAGGGCGAGUGCAGAGAAAUACAGGAAUAGGUCUUCUGAGCAGAGGGCGAGUGCAGAGAAAUACAGGAGUAGGUCUUCUGAGCAGAGGGCGAGUGCAGAGAAAUACAGGAAUAGGUCUUCUGAGCAGAGGGCGAGUGCAGAGAAAUACAGGAAUAGGUCUUCUGAGCAGAGGGCGAGUGCAGAGAAAUACAGGAGUAGGUCUUCUGAACAGAGGGCGAGUGCAGAGAAAUACAGGAAUAGGUCUUCUGAGCAGAGGGCGAGUGCAGAGAAAUACAGGAAUAGGUCUUCUGAACAGAGGGCGAGUGCAGAGAAAUACAGGAAUAGGUCUUCUCAGCAGAGGGCGAGUGCAGAGAAAUACAGGAGUAGGUCUUCUGAACAGAGGGCGAGUGCAGAGAAAUACAGGAGUAGGUCUUCUGAGCAGAGGGCGAGUGCAGAGAAAUACAGGAAUAGGUCUUCUGAGCAGAGGGCGAGUGCAGAGAAAUACAGGAGUAGGUCUUCUGAGCAGAGGGCGAGUGCAGAGAAAUACAGGAAUAGGUCUUCUGAGCAGAGGGCGAGUGCAGAGAAAUACAGGAGUAGGUCUUCUGAACAGAGGGCGAGUGCAGAGAAAUACAGGAGUAUGUCUUCUGAACAGAGGGCGAGUGCAGAGAAAUACAGGAAUAGGUCUUCUGAGCAGAGGGCGAGUGCAGAGAAAUACAGGAAUAGGUCUUCUGAGCAGAGGGCGAGUGCAGAGAAAUACAGGAGUAGGUCUUCUGAACAGAGGGCGAGUGCAGAGAAAUACAGGAAUAGGUCUUCUCAGCAGAGGGCGAGUGCAGAGAAAUACAGGAAUAGGUCUUCUGAACAGAGGGCGAGUGCAGAGAAAUACAGGAGUAGGUCUUCUGAACAGAGGGCGAGUGCAGAGAAAUACAGGAGUAGGUCUUCUGAACAGAGGGCGAGUGCAGAGAAAUACAGGAGUAGGUCUUCUGAACAGAGGGCGAGUGCAGAGAAAUACAGGAAUAGGUCUUCUGAGCAGAGGGCGAGUGCAGAGAAAUACAGGAAUAGGUCUUCUGAGCAGAGGGCGAGUGCAGAGAAAUACAGGAAUAGGUCUUCUGAACAGAGGGCGAGUGCAGAGAAAUACAGGAAUAGGUCUUCUGAACAGAGGGCGAGUGCAGAGAAAUACAGGAAUAGGUCUUCUGAGCAGAGGGCGAGUGCAGAGAAAUACAGGAAUAGGUCUUCUGAGCAGAGGGCGAGUGCAGAGAAAUACAGGAAUAGGUCUUCUGAACAGAGGGCGAGUGCAGAGAAAUACAGGAAUAGGUCUUCUGAACAGAGGGCGAGUGCAGAGAAAUACAGGAAUAGGUCUUCUGAGCAGAGGGCGAGUGCAGAGAAAUACAGGAAUAGGUCUUCUGAGCAGAGGGCGAGUGCAGAGAAAUACAGGAGUAGGUCUUCUGAGCAGAGGGUGAGUGCAGAGAAAUACAGGAGUAGGUCUUCUCAGCAGAGGGCGAGUGCAGAGAAAGAGUUGAUUUCUCAGUUGCAAAAGCAACAUGAAAAUGUUUCUGUCGAGACGAACACACGGAACAACAGGUGA